AUGCAGUUCUAUCCCAGAGCGCGAGAGCAGCGGCCUAGCAUCCACCACCCAUCUGUUCGGCCGCGUCGAUUCGGCUUGCUAAAGGCAUCUGCUAUCAAUCUGCUUCUGCUCCAAAUUCUAUUCCUCGGUCUAUUCUGUUACCUAUUCGGAUCCCUUUUCCAGCAGUCUUCACACAUUCAUAACAUUAAUGUUUUGUUUGUAGACUACGACGGUGGUGCGAUAAGCGACGCGGCCCGCGCUGCGUUUCAAAGCCUCAAAGGACCCAGCUUUCCAACCCUUGUUGAGCGAUCUGCCUCAGCGUACCCCCAGCCCGGCUCGAUUGAAGGUGCAGUCUGUGACAUCAAAUACUGGGGAGCAUUAUACACGACAGCAAAUGCGUCCAACGCAUUAAGUGCCGCACUCGCAGGUGGAGCAGCUGCAUCUUCGUAUGAUAAGAACAAUGUUCUCACCAUGGUGUGGAAUGAAGCGCGCUACCCAACGGUGAUUGACACCGUCCUUGCAGAUAGCAUGAAAGUAUUAUCGGAAACUGCACGUUUGGCGUACUCGCAAACCAACGGGAAACAGUCUCUGCAGAGUGUCAACAGCUCCGAUCCUGCUGCGAUUGCAGCGUUCUACGAUCCUUGGACAUUGGCCGACAACAAUAUUCAACCCACAGAACAAGGGUCAAGGGUUGUCUACAACACCCUAGUUAUCAUCUUGAUCGUAAUCCAAGAGUUCUUCUUUCUUGGUACUAUCAAUGGUUUAUACGUUCAAUUCAAACUCUACACCUCGCUGUCAGCCCAUCGCAUCGCUAUUGCGCGCCUAGUCAUCUCUUCAAUUUACACACUUGUCGGGUCCAUAUGUACCGCCGGUGCAAUCUGGGCAUUCAAAAGUGGCUGGAGUGUUAAUGGAAACCAGUUCGCACUCAAUUGGCUGGCAUUAUGGCUUUUUGCACAUGUGAAUUUCCUCGUGCUAGACACUUUCACCAUCUGGCUUCCGCCUCCCUACGUGCCGAUGGCGCUGAUAUCGUGGGUUGUCUCGAAUGUCACUUCCAUUCUUCUCCCAUUUGAGCUGGCACCUGCUUUCUACAAACUGGGCUUUGCCCUGCCAGCACAUUCCGUCUUCCAGGUACUCAUCGACAUAUGGUCUUCUGGCUGCAACCCCCAACUCUAUUUCGCGCUGCCUAUUCUCUUCGUUUACGAGAUUCUUGGCAUCACGUCCAGCUCAAUCGGUGUUUAUAGAAGGGCGCAUUACGCGUGCAUUGAACAGGAAAUCGAAGAAAAGGCUUGCAAGGAGCGGGUGACGGCUGCAAUCCUUGAGAAGGAAGAGGCUCAACGGGUCAGACGGCAAGCGUCACGUCAUGCCGAAAGAAGCGGAACAUCGGACAGCGAGGAUGAACGAAGGGCUGCUUUGGAAAGACGAGACACAGUGACGUCGCCCAGUGAACAAGAGGAGUUGACCAACAUUAUUCACCGUGAGAUGACUCGGCCGGAUAUUGAUAGAACAUCUAGCAGGAAAGAUAGUACCGGCCCAUCUUUUCCCUUGGCUUACAGAGAUUAA